CCCACCCUCUCUUUCUCUCUACCAGGUUCACUUCAAACCUUAACCUUUCUUUUUCUUCCGUCGUUCCCCCAUGCCCUCCAAUUUUAUUUGGGAUUCGCUACAACUCACCUAGUUGUGAGCGCACAGCCUCUCCAACCUUCACACUUCUGCUUUUGCACCUUGUCUCUCCACCACGCCGCUUCCACCUGCUCAACAACAUAUAUACACCAACAUCCCACGCUCAUCCAAGACUCUCCUCAGCCCCUUCACUCUUAUCACCCAUCAUCCACUCCAUCAGCCACUCUAUCAGCCAAUACACUGUCCUCAGUCCUUGCUUGACCGUCCGUCGCAUAAUCAUAUAAACCAUACAUCCACACACAUAUACAUUGUCAACAACCAUCCGUCGCUUCGACAUUUAUACUGCCUCCACCUCUCCCUCCCGCGGCAGUCUUCUCUAGCCUUCAGCCCACGACCGCCAUCGCCAUGGCUUCCCAGCGGAGAGGACCGUGGUCACAACAAGAGGACGCCUACCUGAUGCAGCUUGUCAAUGAUCAGGGUCCCUUAAACUGGGUACGGAUUGCCCAGGCCCUGGGAACUAGGACGCCGAAGCAGUGCAGAGAACGAUUCCACCAGAACCUCAAGCCCACACUAAACCAUGAGCCCAUCACGCCUGAAGAAGGCGCCCAGAUCGAAAUACUCGUCAGCGAGAUCGGCAAGAGGUGGGCAGAGAUUGCACGACGCCUGCAUGGCCGCAGCGACAAUGCCGUCAAGAACUGGUGGAACGGAAGCCAGAACCGACGGAAGCGUCACGACCGCCGCAGAGCUACCCAGAGCACCUCUGGUUACGACGAUCGACGAUACAAUUCGUCUGCGUACCAACGCCCGGCACUCACCAUAAACUCUCACGCCGCUUCUCUCCCCUACGCCAGGCAUGGCAUGUCUUCUCCUGUGUCCCCUGCAUUCUACGCUCAUGGUCAUGGCUACUAUCAACUUGAGUCACCUCUCCCAUCUCCGAAUUCCACUUCUUCGCCUGGAAGUGAUGUUCUCGAUGGCGAGGCAUCCACAGUCUCAGACGCAGCAUCCAGCUACACCACAUCUCCCCAGUGCCUUUCGCGAGGCAACACACCGUCCAUCCAGCUGGCUCCUCUCCGCAUGGACGACAACUCGGCCCCUCGAUCUCUUCCUCCCUUUGGCAGUCUCCUACACGCAUCAUGUGAAAGCAAAGACGCUGGACACAUUCGUCUGCCAUCAAUCACAUCACAUCUCUUGACCGCGCCCAACUCGCCUGUGGGGAGCGUUGCUCGGCAGGUUCCGCCGCCAACCUCGCCCUCCGCUGCGGACAAGGACUCUAGGAUGGAUGUCUCCGCGCUGCUUGGAUGAGGACUCUUGUCCCAUCUUCUAAACAUUCACCACUAUGUACGCUUCUAUAUUUAACCGAAAAGGACGUGUUGGGCAAGCGAUCCCAAUGGCGCAACUGCACAAUGGGAAGGAACAUGUGGUUACAAAUGGCCUAAGAGCUGUUUUUGUAUUUCUGUAUUAGGCUGAUCUUUAAAACCCCAGCGAGGGGAUGGCGUACUUAGGAGACCGACAUAUGAAGGCCUGGCAUGGGAAGGCGGUGGGAUGGUAGAGGUUCACCGGGAAAAGCACCUAGCCAUAUUCUCAGUUUGGUCGAGUUCUAUUUCAGCGCACUAGGUGUGGAGACCACCAAUAAUCAAACACAUCC